UUAGCAGAAAACACCAGAAUACGUUUAAUGGCUUAGUUUAAAGAAAACGAGGAAAGAAUUACUUUACUUCCGUCUCUUUUCGCGCAAAGAAAAAAUGCAGCUGAAACAAACGUCUUUUCUACUACUACUGUUGGCAUUCGUGCCGCUUAAGGCUUACGGAUUUACAUUCACUCUCAAGCCAGUCGGUUCUACGACAGUUACAGCGGCCCCAGGAGAUAUAAUUACAUAUAAUGCCCAUAUCAUCGUGUCAGAAACCACUCCACUGUCCUUUCAUGUCAGUCUGCCGUUCUCUCAAACUCCGAUUCUAAAUGUAGAAAAGAUUGAAGUUAUUGGUAAAGGGAAAAAUCUUCACGCAGGCAUGGAACAGUUUACUUAUGCCAAUAAAGAUAGUAACAGUUUUGAAUCUCAAAGCCAAGCCUCAAUUGAUUUUGGAAAUGUAACUCGCAACUCAGGUUCAUCAAAACCCGGAGAUGACUUGGUAGUUCAAGUGCAGGCACGCAUGUUGGAACAUUCUAGUAUCAAGACAGGCGCAGUAUUUUGGUUGUAUUUUGGUAUGCACUAUCUUAACGAUGCAGUCUGGGUUGUUGGAAAGUCAGUAAAAGCGGAAUUGCGAAGUGGACCAGCAAAUGUUGGAGUGUCUCUGAAAAUUCCACCCAGCCUUACACCAUUGAUAAAAACGUUUAAAUUUAAUAUUGAUAUUUAUCACUUGCCCAAUUCGAAAGGAUCAGCUUCCUCAUUGACCAUCACACUAUCAACUCCAUCCACGCUGACCACACCAGAAGCUAAAGCUGAUGGACCAUCGCCAAGUUUUCAAUUAUCAACAACAAACGGAAUUACAAUCACGUUUUCAGAACCGUUUAAAGUUGGCCAAAAGGCGAGAAUUAUUGUCACAAUGACGUAUGCAGGUUCCGAGAAAGGAAAGUUUGUUUAUGGUAACAUUUACGGGAGUUUUCAGUACGAGACAGCUCUAGCUGGUGGUUCCUGUAGCGAGUUGCAAACAGUAGAAAAAAAAGACGAACUACAAUUGCCAUUCAAAAUGUACUCGCAAGAAGACACCUGUGAGGAACCGCUUAACACCGGUUCAAGCGUAGAAGUGAACUCAGCAUAUCUACCAUGCUGUUCAGCGACCUAUAUUUCCACAAGUGCUUCCAAGUCCGGAGCUAUCUGGCUAGCUUGGAAAGAUGUCACAGGCGCUCGACUAGCUGAUGAGUAUAUUCAAUAUAGUUUUGAUAAAAAGACUACCGUGCGAAUGAUUGUAACUAAAGGACAUGUCCCGUGGAAAGUGUUUGUUAGGAGCUAUCAUGUUUCAUACAGUCAAAAUGGUGUUCAUUGGAAGUACGUCACACACAUAGGGAAGAAAAAGGAGUUCAAAGCAAACACAGACGGGUUGCACAAAGCGCUUGUUUUAUUUCCGAAACCUUUGAACGUUUGGUUUUUACGGAUUCACGUAGUGAAGCACAGUCCUCUUGGCAUUGGAAUGAAAGUAAAGUUAUAUGGUUGCGAAGAUAAUACUGCGACUAAGCCGUACGAAGUUCACCAGCGAGGAUUCAUUGCAGCAAGUGCUGUAUUGAUUUUAUGCAAUGUCCAUCCAGAUAGAAUGAAAGCAAAACCAAACUGUUACAUCAGCGAGGAUGAUGGAUUAAAAUGGAAACCAAUGCAUUCAAGUAUCGUGAACAUGAUUGGACACGACUCAAGCACGGGCAAGAAUUACGCCAUGGGUGUGACGUCAGAGGACACGCCAUUCUACAUGGAAGUUUUAUCGGCUCAAUCUGUCCGAGUGAUUACUGAAGCGGACUGGAACGCUGUGAAAUCAGCAUGUGUUUUACCAAUAGUGAUUCCCAUGUAUCCAGUACACGGUAAUCCCUUGUACCAGCUCACUGGCACGUCAGUAACUGUUGGGACGAUAACUUAUGUUGCUUCACCCGAGGGAUUACUCAAGAUCGAGGGUGGAAACACCAAAAUGAUAGCGUCCUGGACCGAAUACAAAUAGGCUUGGAGAUGAAACAAAAUGGACCUUUUUUCUGUCAUUCUGAAGCACUGCGCAGUCCGCAUUCCACACUAUAUUACUUAUACACUAUUUAAUUUUUCAUUUUUUAAACAUACGUUCGCUUUUCAUUGUUCAAAUUUAAGGCUAUUUAUUACACACGAUAUAUAAUCUAUUAAAUUAAAUAUUAUUGUAAAAUAUUAUACAUCUUUCAUUUCACGUACUAGUUAAUUAACGAGAGAAUAGUUGUAAUUUUAUUCUCAGUGAAAAUUGAAUGUCAAAACAUGUUAUUAUUGUUACUUAAUUAUUUGCACUUAGAAAUU